UGGCAGGCCGGGCCCUCUCGCGGGCGGUCACGACGUCAUCAUUACCUGCCAUGAUUACCUGCGUCAUCAUGACCUGCCUUUCCAGCUUCCUGAACUCCCUCAUCACCAGGUCAGUGCAGAGGCGCCCGACUGAGAUGGCACCCGCUAGCAGCAUUCAACUGCCCGCUUGGGACCUUCUUCCGCCGUAGGUGGCUGCCCGCGCCAUCACCCUUCAAAAAAAAUAGCACCCUGCCAACUUCCCUUUGGCCCUCGCAUUUUGACCGAGUCUGGUCGAUAAAGGCUGGAAAGCGCCAGACUCCUUGUCGCCAUGUUCUCGUCGUGCUUCGGGUCCGGCCGGCGCCGGCGGUCCGAGGAGCAGGAACCGCUGCUGCCUCAGUACAAUCAUGACACGGCCAUCCAGCGGCGACUGCACCAGAAGCUGCACACGUACCAGAUGCUCCGCGCUCUGUCCAAGGGCUUCAUGCCGUCCAACGAGCAGGCGAUCGUCAGCCUCCGUACGCUGCUUGCUGCCGACCUGCUCAAUCCGGACAACACCCAGCUCAGUGACUCGGGCCAGGCCCUCGUGCACUACACGAAGCAAUGGAUAAAGCAGCUCAUUGAGCUCCUGCAGCACAAGAAUGCCGGCGACCAGAUCCAGGACUUCAUCUGGUACCUAUCCAAGGCGAAGGUGUCGGUUGACAUGGAGCACGUCGCCGAGCGAGCCAGCAAGGCAAAGACCAAGGCCGACACGGCGGCAGUCUAUCGGAGUCUGCAAACCGUGGGCUCCUUGCUCCUUACCAACUCCAACUUCCGACUGUUUCUGGGGGACCUAAACGUAGUGGCCCGAGAAGUCUUCAGAGACACGGCGUUUUCUCUUUCCGAGGCUUCCCGGGAGGCCGGCAAGCGCCUCGAGCCCUCGGCAGAAGAGCAGGAUUCAGCACGACAGCCAGGCGGCGACUCGCACACGCCGCCCUCGCAGCACGACUUGAUGGACCAAGCUGCCGAGGUCUCCAGGGUCCUGAGCGGGACCGCCUCCACCGUCGUCGACGAGGCCGAGAGCAGCAUUACCCAGAAGCUGGGCGGCCCGGAGAAGGACACGAUGAUCCAUCGCCUGAAGGAGGCCGUGCUAGACCUCCGUCGACGAAAGGACUAUUCGGAUUCCGUCUCCACAUUGUCGCUGCUUCUCAGACGCUAUGCCACGGUCUACUCUCGCAUGGCGCGGGAUACGCUGCAGGCUGCCGACCAGGACGUGAACUGGAACCCAGAGACCGACCGCGGUCUGACAAAUUUCUGGGGAUUUUUGAAAUCCUUUGGUGAGGCCAGAGAAUGGGAGGAGCUGGAGAAACGCGCCCAGGCAGUCAUGGAGCAUGGCCGUGAAGAUCCCCAGUUCGAGGAGCUCGUCAGCCAGUUAGGGGACGCCCUUCAAGAGAUGUGCAUGGACCCGUCUUUCUUCGACCAUGCUGAGCAGCGAUUCCAAGAGCUCCGAGCCAAGUCCAAAGCGCUCUCAGCUCGCUCUUCUCUGCGGGACGAUAUCGAUGAGCUCAUGACACAGCUGCAGCGCACCUUCCACUCGAUCCUGAGGGACAAGGACGUAUGCGCGAUCAUGAACACUACCCGGACGAUCGGAAGGAUCUUGUCGCCAAAACACCAGUAUACGAAUCCGGAUCUCGUGGGCGACGCUCUCAACGUGUUUGUGCCGCUGCUCAUCCAGUCCAUUCACUACAUCCCCAUCCCGAGACUCGAGGUGUCUACUCCAGAGGUCGACCUCCUGCUUGAGAACCUCAUCCUCGAGCCCGGGAUUACGGUCAACAACUCGUCCUUCUUCCCGUACAAGCUUCGGGUCGAGACCCUCAACGACAUCGAGAUUCGCAAGGCCAGAUUCCGCACAACAUCGGCCGUCAAGACUUUGAUGCGGAUCAGAAUCGACGGCCUUUCUAUUCGCGGAGAGGAAAUCGGGUACUGGCUCAGGGCCCAUACGGGCCUGCUGCGACUGGCAGACGAGGGCAUUGCCUCGUUUGCGCUGGAUGAAAGGGGUCUCGACAUCCAACUUGACGUCGAGGUCGGCAGAGACAGGCUUGAGAAGGUCCUAUCGCUUAGGGGCGUCCGAGUCCGCAUUCACAAGCUGAACUGGAAGCUGCGGAGGAGCAAGUUCAGCCUCCUAGCUUGGCUCUUCAAGCCCUUCCUCAGGCCGAUCAUCCGGAAGACUAUCGAGGCGAAGAUCGCAUCUGCGAUUGGCGAGGCUCUGCAUUUCGCAAACCGCGAGCUGCUCUACGCCCGCGAGCGCCUCCGGGCCACCCGCAUCGCUGACCCGGACGACCUGAAGACCUUCUUCAAGGCCGUCUUGGCCAGACUCACGCCCCCCGAAGACCCGGACCUCUACACUCGUGUCGGUGUCAGUGCGCCCGGGUAUGGCGUCUUUGAGGGUGUUUACGCGCCCGGGAGUAUCGCCAAGUUGUGGCGGGACGAGGCCGCGCAGGCUCCGCAGAGGAUCCGGGAGAACGAGAGAGAUGGCUGGCGCAAUAGCAUUUUUGAUGUCCAGGCGGCGACGCCAGCUUGAGGCGAUGUGCGGGGCAUGCCGCGUGUUGCAAAGUUGCGAGUCGACGCCGUAGUUCUCUGUACAUAGUUACCAGCGGAUCAGUUUGUCCAGGAUCUACCGCUGUGCUGCACGCUUGCAGGCAAAUCAAACUGACUAGCCCCCGGCUCGUAUUCUCCCCCCC